GGCCGUUCUCGAUACAAUUUCUGCUUCCAAUACGAAUGCUACCGUUGCUAUAGCUAACAAGCGCUCUAUCGUCUCGCGUAAACGUUACAAUGACAAUUCUGUGAGAAAUGUGAAAAAAAAGAAAAACCGUAUGACCUCAUCUGUAUUCAAUAACGGACCCAGAUUUCGUGAAAUCGACUCGUCUUUUGCCCGCACUGAAGUAUGGUAUGGUAACACGUCCAAGAGCGUUUAUGAAAUAUCAUAGUUCGUUCAGUCGUUCAAGAAAUAUCAUAGUUCGUUCAGUCGUUCAUGAUCACGAACGAGACCAGUCUCCGUUGAACACUAAUAUUUUUCACUAUUCUCGCGGUCAUCACAACACUUACGAUUUUUCUCUGAUUUUUUUUUUUCUUCAACAUUGCGUCAACGUUUUCCGUCACCAACAACUACAUCAUCGCCACCACCACCACUACCAGUAUAUCCAGUACCGGUUAGCAGUACCGCUCACUUCAAUUACAGAUAUGGAAUCAUUCAUCGAACGGAUGCGGAAACAAACAGCCAUUGUAAGAAAGAGUGUAGGUGAUUUAAUCAUGGAUCAUAACUAUAAAAUGAUAAAUUUAUACGUGGCGCAAACGAAAUUCGGGCGCAGCGUCAAGGCUAUAAUGGAAGAAACAGAAUCGGAACGGGUUGAAGUAUUUCUACCGAAAUCGAUUUCAAUAUUCGACGAAGAAAUAGACGACUAUAAUGAUAAUGAUGAUGAUAGGACAAAUAAAAAAAAAUGCACUUCGUUUAUUUAGGUAAACGGGGGCAGUCAUUUAAUUUUAAAUUUGUCUAAUAAAUAAAACAAAUUUAAUUUUUA